AUGUUUGCCUUACUAUUGAUACUUUAUCUUGUUCUUGCAUAUUUUUCUCAUGAGUCAUUCGAACAACAACUAUUACUAUAUACUUUGAAUUAUUAUCGAUCAUCGGUUAUAGGUCAUCAAACAGGUACCAUCAAUCUUAUUGUUUCAGUACUACAUGAUUGUAGUGUAACACCAAAUAAUUUAUUUAAUCGAACCACAACUGCUUGUCUUUAUUUAUCAGGAGCAAAUACUGGUAUUUGCUCAUUGUGGUUUACAAAUAUGUGCCUGGAUGGAAAAAGUUGUACCACAAAAAUUAUUAAAAAUACACUUAGUGAUGAAUUUGCUGAAAAUAUUGCAAAGGAAUUAAAUAAAACUUGGGCUAAUAAACCAUUUUUAUUGUUACUCAAUGAAAACAUAUUAAAAAUUAAUGCUCUGCAACCAGAAUUACCAAAUAACAUGCGAACAUCAUCAAGUCGACUUAACCAUACGAAGAAAUAUGCACAAGCUACUAUUGAUUGA